AUGAAAUUUAAUAAGGCUACCCUUGCAAUCCGGGGCUUAUCACAGCUCGGUUCCCGGCGAUACUCAAGCACUGCCUCUUCUCAUCGCCCAGCUCCACUUGCCGGCAUCACGGUAGUGAGCUUGGAACAAGCAAUCGCGGCACCAUUUUGCACCCGUCAAUUAGCAGACCUCGGCGCACGAGUCAUCAAAGUUGAGCGCCCCGUUGUGGGUGACUUUGCCCGGCAGUAUGAUACACGCGUCAACGGCCUGGCCUCGCAUUUCGUGUGGACCAACCGAUCAAAGGAAAGUCUUGCGCUUGAUCUGAAAGAGAAAAAAGAUCACGAUGUGCUCAUGAAACUUCUUGCUCGGGCGGAUGUACUGGUUCAAAAUUUGGCCCCGGGCGCGUCGGCACGAUUAGGCUUGUCGCAUAACGCACUCAAGGAAAGGCACCCAUCCUUGAUUGUCUGUGAUAUCUCGGGAUAUGGCCAGGAUGGACCAUACCGGGAUAAGAAAGCAUAUGAUCUUUUGAUUCAGAGUGAGGCCGGCAUGCUUUCUGUUACCGGAACUGGAAAAGAACCAGCAAAGGUCGGCAUCUCCAUCGCUGAUAUUUCGGCUGGCAUGUAUGCGUACAGCAACAUCCUCUCGGCCCUUUUGCAGCGGGGUAAAGAUGGAAAAGGAUGCCGUAUUGAUAUUUCUAUGCUGGAGAGCAUGGUUGAGUGGAUGGGAUUUCCCAUGUAUUAUACCUUCAACGGCACGCCGGAGCCGACGCCGGCUGGCGCAUCGCACGCUGCCAUAUAUCCAUAUGGGCCAUUCGAAACUGGUGAUGGCCAAUCUGUGAUGCUGGGUAUUCAGAACGAGCGGGAAUGGGUGAAUUUCUGUAAUGAUGUUCUCUCGCAGCCCGAGCUUGCCACGGAUGCUCGCUUUUCAAGCAACUCUCUGAGGACACAAAAUCGGGACGCGCUCAAGGAGAUUAUUUGCAAUGUUUUCGCGGACUUGACUGCUGAGCAGACUAUUGCACGACUUGAAGGUGCAUCGAUCGCCAAUGCCAGUGUCAAUGACAUGCAAGGCGUUUGGAACCACGCUCAGCUUAAAGCUCGGGAUCGAUGGACUGAAGUGCAGACUCCGAUCGGUAAAGUGAAAGCUCUUCUGCCGCCAGGGUCCACGAAGAGCGCAGAUCAGGGCGGAUAUGAGGCUCAGAUGGGGUCGAUUCCUAAGGUUGGUGAGCAUAAUGAGGCGAUCCUGGCGGAACUGGGAAUUUCACAAUAG